AUGACUGGAAAAGUAUGGUUCAUCACCGGCACUUCGCGCGGCCUGGGUCUGGCCCUCGCGCAGGCGGCCCUGAAGGACGGCGACUUCGUCAUCGCGACUGCCCGCAACCCAGACCAAAUCUCCCACCUCGUUGAGCAGUACGGCUCGGAACAAGUCUACCCAAUUGCCCUCGACGUCUCCAACUACAACCAAGUCAUCGCAGCCGUCCGGUCCGGCCACGAGCGCUUCGGCCGCAUCCACUACGUCGUCAACAACGCCGGCUACGCGGACAUCGCCUCAAUCGAGGACAUAACCAUCACCGACUUCCAGGCCCAGGUCAACACGAACCUCAUGGGCGUCGUCUACGUCUCCAAAGCCGUCCUCCCUAUCCUGCGCCAACAGAAAUCAGGACACAUUUUCCAGAUCUCCUCUAUCGGCGGCCGCGUCGGAAUGAACGGUCUGGCAGCAUACCAAUGCGCGAAGUUCGCCGUUGGCGGGUUCUCCGCGUGUCUCGCGCAGGAAGUCGCUCCCUUCGGCGUCAAGGUGACUGUCCUUGAGCCUGGUGGUAUCAGGACCGACUGGUCCGGCUCGUCGAUGAGGAUCCCGCCCGUCAGUGAGCCGUAUCAGUCGACAGUUGGUGCAUUCGCGAAGUUUGUGCGGGGCCAUAAUGGUUCUGAGCCCUCGCUUCCUGAGAAGAUCGCGGAGAUUGUGCUCAAGUUGACGAGCGAGGCAGAGCCGCCGCUGCGCCUUUUAGUGGGACCCGAUGCACUCAUGUAUGGCAAGAAAGCAGCGGAUGAGUUGGCGGCGUCGGAUGAGAAGUGGAAGGAGUUAAGUCUGUCGUCGACGGAGUGA